AUGCUCGUCUCCGCUAUUCCAGAGCACCUCCAAUGCCCUCGAAGGCUUGCCGCCAAAACACCUCACGAGUUUCAGCCUCCCUUCCCAGCUUACAGUGCUGGCUUUCCCAAGGAAACUAAAGAUCUCGUGUUCGCUGUCAUCGGCGCCCAAUAUGUUUCCGCCGCUGAAGCAGACGGAGAUGCCGUUGCACGACUGACACAGUUUACUACUUCCAAGGCCGUCGAAACCUCCGCCCGUCCCCAGUUCGCAGAGUGGGCGGCUGUCACCGACACCAGCGGAUACUACAACGUUGCCCACCUGGCAUAUUGGGCCAGUAAAGCGGCGUACGAGAAGUGGUCUGAAGACUCUGGUUUCCAAGCAUGGUGGGACAACCUUGACCCCCAGACAGAGCGCCACGGCUGGUUCCUCGAAAUAUUUUUUCCCACGGUCGACCGCUUCGAGACGGUAUUCUCUAAUAACGAAAUCCCCGAAGGUGCGGCUCACAUGCGAGAAUGUGUAAUCGGACCCAUCAAGGAGCACGUAUAUUGGGGUAGCAUGCGAGACAGGCUCGCGGCGGCUCAAAACGAUGAGCUUGUAGGAGAAAAAGUUACGCUGAAGGAAAAAACUACCAACGGGAACGUAGUUGCAGCGAAACAGAGGAUACGUGUCUCCGGCAAACAAAAUCUCGCCGUCAUUCGAUCCGGCCAGGACUGGUCUGGUACUCUACCAGAGGAACGUGAUCUUUAUCUUUCGACGAUGCACCCGGUGCUUAUCAAAGGCAUGAACUUCCUCCGCGAUAACGGUGAAGAGGUUGGAUGCCAUAGCUGCCGGUUCAUGGAUCUCAUUGAUCCUACGACGGGGAAAGCAGACAAGGACCGCACAUUUGGGUUGGCCUUUUUCGAUGAUCUUGCUUCACUUGAAGGAUGGGCUAAGGAGCACUCAACGCACUUGGAAAUUUUUGGUGGCUUCCUGCAGUAUGCCAAAAAGCUAGACAACAAUGUUUCUCUGCGUUUGUUCCACGAGGUUUUGGUAUUGAAGCCCGAGCAACAGCGAUUCGAGUAUAUUGGUUGCCACCCAACCACUGGGCUGUUGGCGAUUGUAUAG